CCCAGCUGUCCUCAGACAGCUGCCAGAUGUCAGAACUAUCACAGGUCUAGCAGAGGAUUCAUGUCACUGUUGCCAGCAUUUGCUUCCCCAAACAGCUUUGUGCUACAGGAAAACAGCAUCCAGAGAAUAUGUAUCUCUUCCCUGGGGGAAGGCAGCCAUGUCUCCGUGAGGUGUCUGUGUCCCAGAAAGAAGCAAGAACUUGCUGAGAGAGGCAGAGUGGUUUUCUCCAUCUUUGGGUGAGGUUUCCACCUCAGAGGCUUCACCUCCGAUGAGCUUUCCAGGGCCGCAGAGAUCAAGGUGCCUGAAGGAUCCAGCAAGAGUAGAGAAGACAGCACAUUACCUAAGAUGUGAGAAGUCCUCCCACAGUGAAAUAAACCCUUGUUUUCAAAAUGGACCGAAGUAAGCGGAAUUCAAUCGCGGGAUUUCCACCACGCCUGGAGCGCGCCGAAGACUUCGACGGUGGCACUGGAGAAGGGACUGCAUCCCAGAUAGGAAGAGUUAGUACCUCUUCAUACAGAGCCCUGAUAAGUGCCUUUUCCAGACUAACUCGUCUUGAUGACUUCACAUGUGAGAAAAUUGGCUCUGGUUUCUUCUCUGAGGUGUUCAAGGUAAGGCACAGAACUUCAGACCAGGUAAUGGCUUUGAAGAUGAACACACUGAACAGCAACAGAGCAAACAUGCUGAAAGAGGUUCAACUUAUGAAUAGACUCUCACAUCCAAACAUCUUGAGGUUUAUGGGUGUCUGUGUGCAUAAAGGACAGCUGCACGCUCUUACUGAGUACAUCAAUUGUGGUAACCUGGAACAGCUCUUAGACAGUAACCAGCAUCUGCCCUGGACAGUGAGGGUGAAACUGGCUUAUGACAUUGCUAUGGGGGUCAGUUAUCUUCACUAUAAAGGCAUUUUCCACCGAGACCUUACAUCCAAGAACUGCUUAAUAAAACACGAUGAGAAUGGAUACUCAGCAAUAGUGGGAGACUUUGGUUUAGCAGAGAAAAUUCCUGAUCACAGUGAGAAGUUACCAGUGGUGGGUUCACCCUUCUGGAUGGCACCAGAAGUUCUCAGAGAUGAACCCUACAAUGAAAAGGCAGAUGUGUUCUCCUAUGGUAUAAUUCUGUGUGAGAUUAUAGCAAGAAUACAGGCAGAUCCAGACUAUCUCCCUCGCACAGAGAAUUUUGGAUUAGAUUAUGAUUCCUUCCAGCACAUGGUGGGAGACUGUCCUCCUGACUUCCUCCAGCUGGCCUUCAACUGCUGUAACAUGGAUCCAAAGCUGCGUCCUUCAUUUGCUGAUAUUGUCAAAACACUGGAGGAAAUGUUAAACCGCCUGAGAAAUGAGGACUCGGAGAGAGAGAGAAAGUUCUUGAACCUUGACAACAGUGAAAGAAAACCAAAAGGAUCAAUUGAAAAAGGACCAGGAGUAAAACGUUUGAGUUCCUUGGAUGAUAAGAUCCCACCCAAGUCGCCCCGUCCCCGUCGGAAUAUCUGGCUGUCACGCAGCCAGUCAGAUAUCUUCUCCCGCAAGCCUUCCAGGAAGAUAAACGUGCAGGACCCCUACUAUACACCAAACAAAGGGUUAGGCCGGAAAGUGAAUCCCUUCAGUGCCCGGGAGGACCUCAAGGGAGGGAAGAUCAAAUUCUUUGACAUGCCAAGCAAGUCUGUGAUUUCCCUCGUGUUUGACUUGUACUCUCCGGAGGCAGGCGGGGGCCUGAAAGCCAGCCAGUCCCACUUCCGGCAGGCAUACAGCACAGACUGGCAGGAAUUUUCCCUGCUUCCUGGGAGGAGAUGCAGAUCGCUUCCACUCUCUCCUGAAUUACCACACAAGGAAUAUGGCCUGUUUGGAGGGCUGUCUUCAACCGUUGGCAGGUGUGACCCAGCCCAGCUUGGUGCAGAGGUUCGGCAAAAACUCCUGAGUAGCAGCAAAUAUGGCGUGUCAGAGAUUCCCCCCUUUCACGCCAAGCAUCACAGACCAGAAUUUCUUCUUGCACCAGGACAAGAAGAGGAUAUGGACUGUUCAGAUGGGCCAGUGGCCCAGGAGGAAAAUGGGUUUUGCCUUGUUGAGAACACGUGUGGAGCUCCAGCAUGUAACCAACCAUUAGUGCUGGCCCAGCCUGAGCCUCUGUCUUACAAAAAGCUCCCAGUUGAGAAUUCAGUGAACUCUGAGGGACGUGGCUCCUCACAAGUGUUUGCAGGCUGUCUCCCAUCUGAAGAGAUGGAGGUGGAAGAUGAUCUACUGAAAAGUACUCUAUUAGAGUCCACAAAGCCUCUGUUCAGUGUUAGUCCUUCCAACGAGCUGAAAAGAGAGGCAUGGCCCUUCAGGGAACAGGAUGGGGACAGUCCUGCCCUGUUGCCUCAGACUUCCUCCAACAUCUCAGCAAGUGGCAGCACAGAGUCACCUUGUGACAUAUGAAGAGAGGGCUCAAACUGAACAUGUCCUUGAGGGAACAGUUGUUCCCAGUUGCUUAAACUCUGUUUUUCUCAAGUGCUGGGCUUCAGGUUUGAAAAAGACUCAGCAGAUGAUGGGAGCUGCCUGUCAAACAGAUUGCUGCAGACAGUGUCUGGAGAGACUGAUUAUUUUAUAAAACUUUAUUUCAAACUGUG